GCGAGGCCUGACAGAAGGCGUCGGGCCUUGGCGGAGCAGCCACCAUGUGGCCUGUGUUAUGGACGGCAGUGCGGACUUACGCCCCGUACAUCACCUUUCCCGUGGCCUUUGUGGUGGGAGCUGUGGGCUACCACCUGGAGUGGUUCAUCCGGGGCAAGGAGCCCCAGCCCGUGGAGGAGGAGAAGAGCAUCUCGGAGCGCAGGGAAGACCGCAAGCUGGAGGAACUCCUAGGCAAGGACCUCACCCAAGUGGUGAGCCUCAAGGAGAAGCUGGAAUUCGCUCCCAAAGCCGUCCUGAACAGAAACCGCCCAGAGAAGAGUUAAUGGAGGCUGCCGGGCUCCAUGGGUCCCCCUGGGAGACUGCCUGUCCCAGCUCUGGGCAUGGCCUGCCAUUGCUGCUGCUGUGUUCUGCCAGCCUCCCUGGGCUCACAUUCUAAGGGCCACCCGGGCCCAGAGCCUGCUUCUGGUUCGGUUUGGUUUAGUUCUCCGUUUUCUCGUUCUGGUUUCUCGUCCUCCAGUUUGGAUUUGUGCCCACGGGUCCCUCACUGCCCAAGUCCCUCAGCUAAGCCCCCAUCCCACUCUCUAUGGCACCAGAGAGGAGACCGGGAAGGGUGUCUGCCUGCAGACUGGGUGGUCCUGAGGCUUGGGCUCCUUGUUCUCGGUGGCAUGUUGGGAAUCUCUGAUCGGGCUCCCAGUUCAUGUGGUCCUGCUGCCGAGAGAGGCUUGUGUCUCUGGAGAACCUUCAUCUCCCCAAGUCUUCGCAGGAGGCUCCGGGAUUGUCCCUGUGGUUAUUCCCCAUGCUGAUCGGAACCGGAGCCCAUGUUGGUCCUCAAGGUGGACCCUAAAUGCGUCCUAUUUUGGCCCUGCUAAAUCAUCUGGGAUUUGAAGUCUUCUUGCGAUUCUUGGUUAGGGCCAGGGAUGAGUAGGAUGUUGGCCCAAACCCUUCUGCCCCUCAUUCCCCACAGCUCCAUCCCCUGGCUAACUCCCCACCAUCGCCCUGGGGGAGAACCAUCCUAGAAAGAGGAAAGUUGUCCCAGGCGUGGCUGCGGGAUGGAGGCAUGCUCCCUAUCCACCAUCCUUCAGGUGAAUGGCGAGAAGCGUCCCUGUCAUCCUGUAGCACAAAACCUGAUUAAACUGGAAUUUGAGAAUGGCACCCAAAACCCUUCUCCCCCUGGUAUAUUCUUGCUUUCUCCCGAGCACUGGCCAUGUGAAACCCCUUGAGAAUUUAUGGUUAUUGGGCUGUGGCCCCCUCCUAAUAAUGAUAAUAAUUGCAGUAGUCAUCAAGUGUUUUCUGUAUACCAGGCACAUUACUAGGCACGGGGGUAGAUACAAGAUCAUCAAGUUGGGCACAGGCCCUGUCCCAUAUGGGAAUCACGGUCUAAGGGGAAGGGAGACCCCCUCACUCUCUUGGAGUUUACAAUCUAGCCCAGGAAACAGUUGUUAAAAUGAAUAACUGCUAGGGAGAAGCAAUGGUAUGGAGGCCCUGCCAGCAUACAGCCUGUCUCUGUGGUCAGUCAGACCAUGGUAUUUACUGAGCUCUUAUUCUGUGCAGAGCACUGUACUAAGCACUUGGGAGAGCACAAUACAGCAGAAG